UUAUACGGAUUAUUUCGUUGCAGGAGCAGCAUGUCUCAUACCGCCGAAGGAACUAUCAGGGCCCAGGGCCCAAACCGAUUUGUGGCUAAUUUCAUUAUGCCCAAUGGCCAAUUGCGCAGCUUCGUCGCCUCCAUCGAUCCACCGACUGACAACAUAACGACCAGCACUGCGACGCUGACCUGGAGUGACGACAAUCAGUUGAACGGACAGGAUAGAUACAGCGGCACGCUCGGGGCAGACGUGACCAUCACCCUCGUCAGAGGGCCCACCAUGAAGGGGACGCUGCAGGAGCCCGUCGAUCCCACUCAGGCCAUCGUUGGGAAUGGCUACUGGAUCAUAUCGUGAGAGGAUGUGAGCCUCUCUUUGUCAAUUCUAUGGAUGUACGGGCGAGAUACUGAUACCACAUAGUGAUCUACCAUCGGCAGGACGGUGUCUUGGGGGCGCCGCUGGCUUCAUGCGAUAAGCAGGGAUGGUGUGAUGUUGGCGUCGUGGCCGAUUUUCCUGAGUCCGUUGUAGUUGUGCCCUGUAUCGCACACGGGAUUUUAAGUUCAGCCGUACGAAUAUUGUGCACGAUGUGUCGCCUGGCGACUCUUUGCUCGCCAGUCACACGCGUCAUGUGAG